UCUGAAUAACUUGAUUCUGCAAUCAACUCUAAUAAAAUCAAUAACAUCAAUCUUCUUAAGCAAUGGCUCCUACAACCGGUACAUACACCAAUAAAAUUCACUAUGUCAAAAAGCAGAUCCUCGAAAAGGUAACAAUGAAGCAAUAUGCACAAGUUUUUAUGCUGCCCAUGGACAGAAGAAACCGAGAUAUUGCGGGACUCAAAAAUCCCAUGGACCUGGGCACAAUCAUUAUUCGUGUGCAGAAACGGCGCUAUCGAAAUGUAGAUGAACUGAUUUUCGAUCUCAAACUUGUCUAUCAGAAUUGGCUUUCGUUGAAGAGGGAAAGUGCAAUCCUGUGCCGGCCUGGCAAUCAAGUUGCAAAAAUUCGUGGAGAACAAGGUGUCGAAAAUGCCAGAGGGCCAGGAGUUGGAGAUCAAUAAGGAUUCCAAGAUGACGGUCAAGUCCCUCCAAAAUUUUCCCUGGCGGCAGUUAAAUAGCACAGAGCCGACUCCAACAGAGCCUAUGAACAUCCUACGG